UGUCUCUUUUUACCGCAACAUAUGCAGAAGCUCAUUCCUCUUUGUAGCUUAAUCGAUCUUCUUACUAUUUAAAUAAAUAAUAAUGGCGAUUCUUCCUUCCCUAACUAUGGUGUUAAUGGGUCGUACUGGAAAUGGGAAAAGUGCAACUGGAAAUAGUAUUCUUGGAAAAAAGGUGUUCACGUCAAGAAAAAGUUCAUCCGGCGUUACAAAAACUUCUACCUUGGAGAGAUGUGUACGAAAUGAUGGGCAAAUCAUAAAUGUCAUCGAUACUCCUGGAAUGUUCGAUUUAUCCAAUGGAACAGAAUUCACCUCAAGAGAAAUAACCAAGUGCAUAAAAUUGGCAAGUGGAUGCAUUCACGCAGUUAUUUUAGUUUUUUCAGUAAGGAACCGAUUCAGUCAAGAAGAAGAAGCUACCAUUAAAACCCUACAAAAUACAUUUGGGCCCAAAAUUGUUGAUUACACCAUUGUCAUCUUAACGGGAGGCGACGAGUUCGAUGACGGCAAUGACAUAGAAGAUUACUUGAGCCAUGAAUGUCCUGCGGCUUUGAAAGAUAUUCUAGCUGCCUGCAAUAACAGAUGUGUGAUUUUUGACAACAAAACUAAGAGUGAAGCAAAGAAGGAAGAACAAGUGAAUGAGCUUUUGGAUUUGGUGAAGGAAAUUAUCGACCAAAAUGGAGGAAAGCCCUACAGACCUCCUUUGAUUUCUAAUAAAAAGCUUGAGAAGGAAUUUGAUGAAGUCAAAAGAAAGCUUGAACAGUCUUGCACGCAAGGCAUUUAUUCUGAUCCCAAGCUUCAGGAAAAGUUGAAUGAGUUCACGCUCGAGGCAAACGACAUGUUUCCAAACAAAGAUUAGAAGAUGAAAGAGAAGCACGUCGUCAAGUAGAAGAGAAAACACAACGAAUACAGAAACAAUAUAAUGAUGAAAUUCAGAAGCUCAAUG